UCGACCUCUUACAGAAUCCAAGUACUCACACAUAGGUUAGUCUCCAGGCCAACCAAUAUCUCAGCCUUUACGACGGCCCACGUAACAUUCUCAGCCCCGAAGCUGGCUGGUAUCAAUCUGGACUAUGAUGUGGAUCGUCCUGGUUCGAAUCUCUCGCUCGAUAUGAAUGAGACGGACGUUCUGAGCCAUGAGAAGGAGGGAUAUUCCCCCGAGAGACUGCAGUACCCCAGCACAAUCUUCCUCAGCGUUUACUCGUCCCUGCUCUACUGUGUGGGUGUUCCCGGAAACCUUAUCACAAUCGCCGUGUUGCGGGGCCGCUCACUCCGGGAAAAGUUUCUGUCUACACUGCUCACCUACGAGUCCGUGUUUAACCUGACCGACCUGAUAGGUGGCCUGGGUCGAUUGUGGUUGAUUGGAGUGACUGGGUUCGAUUACCGGCUGGUCUCCAGAACGGCGUGUGUCGGUCAACACUGGCUGUUCUUCACCAACCACAUGAUGGUCAACUGGACACUGGUCUACGUCACGGCGGCCAGGCUUAUCUACAUGGCCUUGCCCAGCAAGUGG